AUGGCUAACUCUCCAGGUAUUGAUCAUGGCGACCAUCAGCAUGACUCGGUCACCUCAGUCACCGAAUGUAUCUUAGGGCUGAGAGACAAAAUCGACGACAAAGAGCUUCCCGGCCUCACCAGUCUUAUCACGGACUGGUUCAGUCCCGAUGUGGACGUGAAUGAAGAGCAAUUCGUUCAACGAUUUCUACAUGUCUUCAAACAGUCAGACCAAGAUUUCACCUAUGAGAAAAUCAUCAGCGAUUACGAUGACGAGAUUCAAAGAAUUCUCAACGAAUUUGUCGAUGGCAGGAUUGAUGCGAAGGAAGCAGCUCAACAAUACCACCCGUUCUGUACGGAGAAGAUCCCCAAGCAUAUGAAAGCUCUUCACCACGGAGGUCUUUCCAGUAUCAUUCCCGGAGAACGUAACAUUCUCGGAGAGCAUACAGCACUGAUCCGGGCACUUCCCACCAGUAUUCCAUCACGGAUUCGAUCAUUGGUCGCAAAGGUGGCGCCAUCUCUCAAGGAUCCCAAACGUGCUCUCUAUGUUCCGUCGUUCAAGAACCUUGAAUUUCAGAACUGGGGUCGAACCGUGGAAAAUACCCCAGCGUACACUUGUGUGCCGAAUACCGCCCAGGAUGUCGCCGACAUCGUCAAGUUUGCAAAGAAGCAAAGGAUGGGCGUUCGAGUAUCUGGAUUCCGUCAUUCAUGGUCUCCGGUCUUCGGCCGAUCAAGCAGAAACGGCGAAAAUAACGGCGAUAUUUUAAUCUCGACCCUAGGCUUGGUUGAUGCGUCCAUAUUACCAAAUUUCACCUCCCUUCCCACCGACAUCUUCCAGCCUCGAGCAAAGGAUCUCAAUUCGAUCGUUAUCGUGGAUCACAACUACGUCCAAGGUCCCAAACUCUCGGGGGGUAAGAAAUAUGUCCGGGUUGGGACUUCCACGACAAAUGAGCAAUUACGACGUUGGUGUAUCGACACUGCCAAACUCACCCUGCCGAUGAAUAUCAUCGAAGUUGAAAUCACCAUGGGUGGUAGCAAUGCAACAAUUUGUCACGGUGCGGGCAUCAACAACCCUACCCUCUCUGAUCUCGUACGAUGCAUGGAAUAUGUCGAUGCCAAUGGAGCUCUUCGCAAAAUCGACAUGUCGACGCCGGCCGUCCUUAGAGCCGCGGCAGGAUGUUUUGGCCUUCUCGGAGUGGUGACUCAUUUGGUUCUUGAAUUUGAUCCACUCUCCUGUGCCUUGAUGAAGCCACGCAAAGUCCCAGUGAUCGAAGGCAUUCCGCCACCACCGGGCAUGCCAGACUCCGAAAUCCCUGCCCCAUUACGCCCCAAGACACCAUUGAGUUCAGAAAGGAAAGCUCAAAUUCAGCACGAUUUUGAGACGCGUGCUCUGAACGAUGACUAUGCUGAGUGGUUUUGGUUUCCCUACUCCGGUGAAGUCUGGGUGAACACGUGGAAGAAAACGGAUGAUGUAUCCAACGCCGUCAGCUAUCCGAGUGACGUCAAAACAAUUCUCCAAGUCUUUGGCACGAUCAUGGUCAACAUUGCACAAAACGCCACCACGUUAUUGCGACUGACAGACUUUCUCCCGGAGACGCAGACGAAAUUGAUUACUUGGUUGACGAUGAAGAAUUUGGACGACGUGGGUGAAGAUGGCCAGCCGAUCAAGACUUGGGUCCCGGAUGCCCUGCAUUUCCAGAGAGGGGUCCAGAAUAUUCGGGUGAUGGAUUUGGAGGUGGAAUUCCCUCUUCAACCGAAGCAACCAACGAUGGAGAACGGUGUCGCGAACGGCGUUGCCAAUGGAAAUGUCAAUGGCCACGUCAACGGUACGGUGCCAUCGGAGCAACGAAAAGCGAUUGAUUUUACACUCGUUCAACGAGCUUGGUGGGACGCCAUCACCACCUGCUACAGCGCGGCCAAGGAAUCUCCUCAGCGCUUUCCUCUGGAAAUGCGCAUCAUGUCUUCAUCCGAUGUGACCUUGGCUCCCCAACGUGGCCAUAAGCUCGGCACUUGUUCAAUCGAAAUUCUCACCCUGUAUGCGGUUCAGAAUAUCUGGCAGCCAUACGCGCAGAGAGUCUUGGACAAAUGGUCCAGCUACAAAGACGCAGAGGGAAGGAUUGUACCUGUUCGCCCACAUUGGGCCAAAGAAUGGUACGGAUACACCGUUCGAGGCAGGAGAUGGGAAGAACUUCUCAAGAAUGAGGAGAGCCAGAAUGGUGGCUUCAAAAAUGAGAUUAAAGAGUGGAGGGCUUUAGUUGCCAAGUUGGCGGCAAGGGAUGCUUGGAGCAUUCGGGACGCCAGGAUGAGAUUUGGAAAUGAAACCUUGGAUACUUUGUUCUGGCAGGACGGUCCCAGCGUGAGCAUCGAUACCUUAGUUAGUACCAAUGGGGCACCAAAUGGUGUACCUCCUUCGAAAGAAAAGCCGAAGAAGAAGAGUCUGCCGAGAAGACUUUGGCAAAGCUGUUUUGGGAAGGCAGACAAGGAGGACCCGUGA